AUGUCGUUAUUUGAAGCUUGCCAAAAAGUAGAUAUUGAACAAGUUAAAUAUUUAAUUGAACAAAAAUUUAAUAUUAAUAAAUUAAAUGAACAAGGUCGAACAGCACUUCAUUAUUGUUGUGAUCAUGAAAAUAUUGAUUGUGCACGUCUUUUAUUAGAAAAUGAUAAAUCUAUUAUUAAUAUAAAAGAUAAUGAAGGUUUUUCAGCACUUCAUUUAGCUUGUUUAAAUGGUAAUUUAAUUAUGGUAAAAUAUUUUUGUGAACAAGGUGCAGAUGUAACAUUAGUUGAUAAUGAAUUUCAUUCUCUUAUUCAUUGGAUAACAGUCUGUGGACAUGUUGAUCUUUUUGAUAUUCUUGUUCAAUAUCAAACACCGAUACAUACAUCUGAUAUAUAUGGAGCUUUUCCAAUUCAUUAUGCAUCACAAUUAUGUGGAAAUAAUGAUCCGAUUAAAAAUUUGACUAUUUUAAAAAAAUUAAUUGAUAAUAAUGCAGAUGUUAAUUGUCUUGAUGAACAAAAACGAACACCAUUUAUUUGGGCUGCUAGUGCAAAUGCUAUUGAUGCAUUACGUAUAUUAUACAAAGCUGGUGCUAAUCCAUUACAUGCUGAUAAAGAUUCUUUAACGGCACUUCAUUGUGCAGCAACUUGUGGACAUUUAUCUUGUAUUCGUAUGUUAAUCGAAUUAUAUGGAUGUUCACUUGAAAGUGAAGAUAUAAAUGGUUGUACACCUUUAUUUUAUGCAAUUACAUUUGAACAUUUAAAUGUUUGUCGAGUUUUACUUCAUUUAAAAGCUAAUCCAAAUCAUAAAGAUCAUCGUGGAAGAACACCAAGUCAUUGUGCAGCAUUAAAAGGAAAUAUUAAUUGUUUAAAAUGUUUAAUAGAACAUAAUGCUGAUAUUUGGAUAAAAAAUAAACGUGGUGAUUAUCCAAUACAUGAAGCAAUUAAUUCAAUAUCAGUUAGUAAAUUUCGUAAUGAAAAAAAUGAUCAAUUACAAAGAGAAUGUUUAGAUUUUGUUCGAUUUAUAUUACAAUUAUAUCCUAAGAAAGUUAAUAUUCAAAAUAGUGAACAUCGAACAUUUCUUCAUUUGGCUGCUAAUUUCGGAGAUGUAACAAUGUGUAAAAUAUUAAUUGAAUGUGGUGCAAGAGUUAAUUCAUUUAUUCAAACAACAGCUGGUAAUUUUUUAACACCUUAUGAUCUUGCUCGUAUUCGUCAUCAAGAUAAAUGUGCUGAAUAUCUUGUUUAUAAUCAUGGAGGUCAACGAGGCAAUUUAUUAGCACAUAUAUUAGCUCGACGUAUUCAAAAAUAUUUUCGUCAAUAUAAAAUGAAAAAACCUUUAAUAGAAAAUCAACAACGAAAAACAUUGAAUAAAAUAUUUCGUACUAAUAAUAAUAAUAAUAAUAAUAAUAGAAAUUCUUUUAUAUCUGAAAAUUUAUCUUCUCAAUCAACUAAUAAAUUAAUAUCAACAAAAAACCCAACAGAUCAUUUACUUAAUCAAGCAAAAUUAUGUUUACAUAAUAAAAUAAUUGAUGAUCAAUGUAAAGAAUUAAAAAUUAAUUCAUCAAAAUCUCAAAUAUAUUUAAUAAAUAAUUCAAAAGAAGAAAAACAAACAGCAAAACAACGACGUCAUAUAUUUGCUGAAUUCAAAACAACAAUGAAAUCAAUUAAUUGUAGUGAUGAACACGAAUCAAAUUCAUUACAACGAAUAAUAAUUCAUCCAUCAAAUUCUAUUACAACAUCAGUUAAACUAUAUGAACGACAUAAAUUAAUAGCCGAAGAAUUAUUUAAAAUAAAAGAAGCUCGAAUUCAUAAUCAUUCUAUUAUUAUCAAUCGACGAUUAUAUAAAAUUUUAAUUGAAAAUGCAUUUAAUCCUCAAAAUCGAUCUAUUGAUGAAAUUGAAAAAUAUCUUGAAACAUUAUUAAAAGCAUAUGAAACUGAAUUAGAAUCUAUACGAAAACGAACUAAAGUCAUUGAAUAUACAGUUUAUAUUUUAGAAAACGUGCUUAAAUUAACGAUGAAGAAUACAGAAAUAGACGAUUCCAUUGAUAAUACAGAUAUUCCUAAUACAACUACUGGAAAUCGUUCGACCAAAAACAAACCUGCACCAAAAGCUCCAACAGAUGAAACACAGAUACUAAUAAAAACUAGUGAAAACAAAAGAAAAGCACCAAAAAUUCCAAUUACUACAAAUAUUGAUGUUUACGAACGUACGGAUGAAACAGAAGCACGUGAUAUUCUUGAAAAAGAAAAUAAUUUUCAAGAAUCAUCUAUCUUUGAUCAAGAAAUUCCAGUUAAAUCAAAGAAAAAACGAGCACCAAAAUUUGAAAUACCUAAUGAAAAUGAUGAAUUAAUACCAAUCGAAGAAACUAUUACAAAAAAAAAAUCCAAAGCACCAAAACCUCCUAUAAAUGAUUAUGAUGAUGAUGAUAAUGAUUCUCAAAAUAUUGAAACUUUAUCUAUGGAUUUAUUAGAAUCAUCUAUGGAUAUAAAACCUAAGAAAAAAAAAUCUAAAAAAUCCAAAUUAUUAACAGAAACAUUCUCUACUUCAUUUGAUGAUUUAAAUAUUACUAAUCUUGAUGAAAUAUAUUCUCCAGAUCAAGAAAUAGAUGUAAAUACAAAUGAUAUUAUUCCUAUUGAUGAUAUUGAAAAUGUACAAUCAUCGGAAAAUAAUACAAAUGAAUAUGAAACAGCUAUUAUCAAUGCAUAUAGUAAUUUAGCAUCAAAUGUUCAUUUUUCUCAAUAUUUUGGUGAUGAAUGGCGUAUUGCUUAUUUACCAAAACCAGCUCGUACAGAUGAAAAAUCUCUUAUAAGAAAAAUAUUACCCGGUGGUAAUAAAGAUGAAAAAUCACCUAAAAAAACAACGGCUCCAAAAGGAGGUAUAUUAACUCGUCUUCGUAAUGGUGUAAGUACACUUGUACGUGAUGAAAAUAAUAUGUUAUUUGGUGAACGUUCAAAUAUUGAAAAACGUGAUUAUGGAGAUGAUCCUGAUGAUAUUGAUACUGAUAAUUUAAAUCGUUAUGCACAAAAAUUACGUGAUUUAGAAGAUAGAGAUCGUGAAAUAAAUCCUGAAUAUCUUGUACUUCGUGAUGGAAAAACUCUUUAUGCUGUACAUGAAUCUGAUGCUGAUGGUACAGUUAAAUUAGCUAAACGUAAACCAAUAUUUGAUCGUUUUGCUGAUCAAAAAAUUAAUGAUCAAUCAGGAAAAAAGACAAUUUUAUCUCGUUUAAAAAGUUCAUUUAGUCGAAGUAAAGAUAUAGAUGACAAUGAUAGUCAAUCAUUAAAAUUAGAUGGUGAUACAUCAAAUACUCGUUUACAACGAAAAUCAAGUAAAAAAUCUUUUGGUGAUGAUAUAAAUAUGGUAGCAUAUGACGAUUUGGGAAUGGAUUGA